AUGCAAGAAAACGAACGAUUUCCUUGCCAAUUCGACGGCUGCAACCGGUCCUUCAGCCGGCAAGAGCACCUCCAUCGACAUGUGCUCAACCAUGCAGAUGGCGAAUUUACUUGCGAUCGAUGCCGGACCGUCUUCAAGCGUCCUGAUCUACUAGAGCGUCACAUGGCCAGACAUCGUCGAAAAGACGCUGAAGGGGGAACUUUGAUGACUCGCAAGAGACUCUGGAAAGACGUUGAUGGACGUGUGGUCAACCGACCGGCGAAAGAAGCCCGAAAGUUUGCUGCUACCACAGUAGGGCAGUCCUCGAGCCAAGAGCCUGGUUCAUACCCGCCAUCGCCGCCAAAAAGUGCGUCAGAUCUUGCCACAUCGCCAUCUUCUCUGGGAGCGGUAGCAGUGUCCGGCGACCAGCAAAGCAACAAAGGGUUCGAAGGCUUUGGUGUCAAGAAUUACUCUUACACAGCAAAUGAGGACUUCCUUUGGGACACUUCGCUGCAACCGGUCUACGAUUCAUCUUACUCCACUGGUCCUUUCGAUGACAUCUUUGCGCCUGAUACCGCGAGCUCCUUUAACAUGCCAUACACCACUAUGAGCAAUUACAAUUGGCUUUUUGAUCUGAAUUCAAAUCCGACUGCAACUCUCGGAAACUUCCCAGUGGAUCCAGCGAACACAAUGUUCACCAUCGUCAACAGUAACAGCAGCUCUGCAUUGGGCCCGCAGAACGGCUCUCCUAUCGCUGGCCCGCAGUGGCAUUACCAGCAAUCAUCACAACCUUGCAUGGCUCGCCAAGAAAUCGACGUCGAUAGAAAUGAGGUACCCUCUACAAUCAGAUGCUCGUCUCAGGAAGAAAGUGUGAGGAUGCCCGUAAAAGUCCAGAAGGCAUCGGCACUUAAACAACUCCAAGAGGCGCCAAGGAUUUUGCUCCAUCCCGACACAGAUCUUCCCCAAAUUGACGAUAUGUCUCAUGAACGUGUCCUGGAUAUCAUCGAGACCUCACGACCAAUCACGCCGGAUGGAAGCCUUGUGACUGUGGACCACCCGCUAUUAUCCUCGGAUAGUCUUCAAGGCUGGCUUGAUCUAUUCUUCCUGCGAUUCAACACGGUAUACCCGCUAAUCCACAUGCCAACGUUUGACCCCAGCCAUACGGAAUCAAUCUUGCUGCUUUCCAUGGUCCUACUGGGAGCAACUUACGCAGACAAAGAUGCCCAUCAGCUGGCCGUUUGUAUACACGAUGUGAUCAGACCGCAGAUUUUCUCAAACCCUGGCUUCUCUGCAAAGCCUGAGCUUUGGGUAUUGCAAGCCACGCUUUUGACGGAGUGUCUGGGCAAGUCUCGGGCUGGUCAGAAGCAACACGAUAUGAGCCAUCUUUUCCAUGGGCUGUUGAUCAACUUGAUCCGUCGAAGCGAUUGCCAGUCCAUCGUGCCAGAAACAGAGAAACAUGACGAAGGCGAUGUUCAGGCGGCGUGGAAAGCAUGGGCUAUGUCCGAACAGAAGAAGAGAUUGGCACAGCUCUGCUUCGUCUGGGACGUUCAGCACGCAGUGCUUUUUAGCCAGUCUCUGUGCAUGUCAGCGUUUGAGCUUCGCUCGACACUUCCUUGUGCUCAGCAUAUGUGGGAAGCACCAUCGGCUAUCGAAUGGCGAAAAGCAUUUCAGCAUGCGCCAAAUGCGCCACUCCUCCUCACAGAGCUGAAGAGGUGCCUCACUGGUCAAUCGAACCCUUCAGAGGGAGUCAACCUGCUUGGACACGUUAUCAUCCUGCAUGGACUUAUUUCUAUCUUUUGGGACCUGACACGAAGAGAUCAGACAUCUCUUGGUCUUGUUGCAGACAAACUCACUUCAGGCUCCUGGAGAGAUCGCAUGAAACAGGCUUACGACCACUGGAAGGCCGGAUUCGAGAAGUACAGCUCAACUGCAAGGCAGAACCAUGACCGAAUGGAUACCCUCGAUCAUGCACAACGCUUGAAGGUCGUUAAUGGAUUCGAGACCUACCUUGCUUCGUAUGUUGCCCUUUACCAUGCGGCCCAACUCAUAUUGGCUGCAGAUAUUCUGGACCUUCAGAUCUACGCUGGAGCUCGACACAUACUGGGCCGAUCAGUAUCCAAAGUCGACUACGUGCGGUCGCAGAAAGUCAUCAAGGCGUGGGCGAACGAAGAUACGAGUCGGGCGGCCUUCGGAACCUGGCAUGCAGCACAACUCUUGCAGCUGUCACUUGAUUCAAAAUCAGUCUCAGUGACUGGAGAUAUCUUUCACCACCCGUGGACGUUGUUCCUGGCCAACGUAGCCGUUUGGACUUUCUACCAGGCUAGCAAAAGCUGUGCUGGGAAUUCAGUCGAUGAUGAAAUGAUCUGGGACGUUCAAGACGAGAUGAAGAGCCUGCUGAAGUCGAUGACAGAUUCCAGUCCGAGCCAAUUGACCGCAAACUGUAAGACGUCUACUGCUGGCUUGACGGCUGUGGUGGUGAAGCACCUGAGUAAGAUCAGAUGGGGCGUGAUUCAUGAUGGCAUGCUUGUUCUUCGCGGGCUCGUUCAGUGGCGGUUGAUUAACGAUGAGGAUAGUCGGGCAUAG